GCUAGGGGGGGGGGGGACUCCGCCUCACGGGAAUAUACUGUAUUAUCUCUCUUCGCAAGGCGCCACCAAUGGCCAUGCACGACGGACCAGAAGAUCAACUGAUCAGAAUGGUGGACCGAUCGAUCAAUAGUUUCCCCGGUAGGUGAACGAGAUCGAUACGGGAAUGUGUUGCUUAGCACAUAACACACGUCAAGUUUACACAGUGAGAGGUGCUGGCCGAGUGGCGCCGUCGACAGUUCGAGCCAGUCCCCAGAGCUCGACUGGAAGAACAGAGGAAUAAAAGGGGGCCCCGUCAGUCGGACUCAAAGUGGAUAAAUAAUUCUUUGUUGUGGCAGAAGUUGACCGAAGUGGAGACAGAGCAGGAGGAGCGGCGAGCCAAGCUGUCCUUGGAUGGGCUGGAGUCUGACGAGGAAGAGGACGAGUGGGAGUCAAGGACAUCCAGGAGUCUGCUAGACAGAACGAGUACCUAUCGAUCCUGAUUCCUUCAUCGAUCGAUCCUGGCUAAUCAGAUCAGUCCUACUGAAUAAAGGAGUGGACACUUAUUCUGUCUCAGAUCGCCUGCUCCCCCCCCCUCCCCUCCCAUAAAUACCCCUCCCCCAGGUCUCCUCCCCCUCCCCCACUUUUUUGGGCAGCAAUUCACUUCGGGGUCCCAAACAUUUGGUUGUUGUUGGUAUCUUUGUUGUUCUUUAUUGGCUCAUAAUUAUAUAUGCGUCGUUUUGAGUUUUAGCAUCCUCUAAUCAAUGAAUAAUUAACUGUAUUUAAUUUAUGUUGGUAUUGUUUCGUUUUCUUUAAGAUGCCAUAAUAUUCACACGUGUCAGUAUGAUGAUUAUUUGUUAUACAUUUGUGCCACAACUUUCAAGUGUUUUGAAUGUACAUGCUAUUUGAAAUUAACUCAGUUUUAGUGACCUCACUGGAACUUGUGAUUACAGUUUAACUUAUUGAUGAAUCGAUGAAUUAAUCGAUGAAUUGGGUAGAAAGGAACUGGUUAUAAUUAAUGAAUUUUUACUGAGACGAUUGAUUGAUAAAUCGAUUAUACACUUGAUCCGACCAUAGUUGACUGGUCAUUCUAUUAUCUAAUGGUCAUUUGUUUGAUUGAUUAGCUAGUUAUUUGCUAGCGGAAAAAGUGUCUUUAGUGAUGGUCGUCGCUACUUUACAAUUAUGAAGUUCUGUCUGACAUUUUGGACCCUUUUAAGUGACGAAAACCAUGAGGUCGGAAACCAAACCAAAAAAAAAAAGAAAAAGAAAAAAAGAAAA